AAGCGCGGAGUCCGCAUACAGGUGAUUUCAACUUCCAACAAAUAAACAGUGCUCAGCCCCUCGAGGUCCUUCUCUUAACUCCGUCCUCUCUUGAAGACAACGAAAAACAGAAUACCAACCUUCGACUUAGACACUUCGCUACCUCGGAAACUCCGCUAUCACCCAAAAAGGCGGUUGCGCUUAUGUUGUCACAAGAGGCGUUUACCAGUGCUAACGGCAAGUGCAGCCUUGAUGACCUUCUAGCGUUGCAAGUGCUGUACGAAGCUUACGUCUCAAUCAUUAUUGGCCUCGCAUACUAAUACUGCAGGGUUGAAUCAGUAUGUUCGAGAGUCUCACGAGUCCUCUUCCAGUGAUUGCUAUACCAGACACGCCCUCGUUCUUUCCAGCUAUUCAAAAGUACAUAGCGAACCUCGAAGAUAUACCGAUGGGCAGUCCGUCUCUCGCCGAUUCUGUUGCGCUGCUAGCUCAAGCUACUCCAGACUGGACCCCUCUUUGUGAGCAGGCUAGCAAUAUAUUGAGUGACUUGUUCCCAACGUUCCGGAAGUUAAGCGAAGCCACGCACGCACGGGAGGGCCAAAAUCUUAUCGAAGAUUACUUGGGGGAAAAUACAGCAAAAAGAGUUAUAAGAUUCUGGCAGGAGGAUAUUUCCCGAGAAUAAUAUGUUAUCUGGAUGCCUACUUGCGAGGUAAUCACUCAAAGUGCUCAUUGGUUGCGCCGAGAUAUAUAUUGCCACCACCGCGGCACUCACACAGCACAAUUCCUUAACAUGGCGUAGAACCAAAAAACAAAAAGGAAAAAAAUUAAUUCUAUUUAAAGUAAGAUAGUGUUAAACGUUAUCGUAAACUCCUUUGGGCACCGUAUUAAUUUGCCUGGACCCUGAAUAGUGUGUCGACGAACUGGGGAGUAU